GCCUCCCCUCAAGUCCAUCAAGAGCCCAGAUGGAGAUAUAAUUGAUUGUGUUCAUAUCUCCCACCAACCUGCUUUUGAUCAUCCUCUCUUCAAGAACCACACUAUUCAGAAGAGGCCAAAUUAUCACCCACUAGGGCAAAUUGGUGAGAAAAAGGUGUCCAAUGUGAAGGUGAAGUCCAAUGGAGGAAAAUCAACAGUAAUAAGUCAGCUGUGGCAUACUAGUGGAAGAUGCCCAGAAGGAACAAUUCCAAUGAGGAGAACAAGAAGAGAGGAUCUUCUGAGAGCAAGCUCUAUCACAAGUUAUGGAAAGAAGAAGCACAAAACCAUCCCAAAACCAGCAGCAGCAGCAGCA